GUGCUCUUCCAGUAAUGGCCCAUGGAUGGUAAAUUCCACACUCAUUUAUCCAUGGAAGUAAUGCAAAAGUCCCUUCCUGAAUGCCAAAUGAGUCUAAUCAUCAUCCAAGAGGUUUAUGUAAUUGAGUAACAUGCUGCACAACCCUGGUGACUACUCAGCCCUUGAGGAAUACUACCAAAAAAGACAGGCCAUGAUCCCUUCCAGUUGGGACACUCCACAGAAAUAUACUUCACCUCCAGUACUAAUUAAUAAAACAGUCCUUCGAGCUGAUGGUCAUGGUGAGGGAUUUGAAAAACUACUCCAGCUAUAUGGCGAGCAGUUACUGGUAUUGUGGAGAGCCACAUUGCUUUGCAAACGCAUUUUGCUCUUCUCACCUCCUCCAAUUGGCAUGUUGUGCUCUAGAGUACACUGUAUAUCUCUUCUUGGAUCACAUACUACGCCCGGUCUGCCUUCUCAGCUAUUACGUCCACUUUAUUAUGUCAACAUAGCAGAUGUAGAGACACUGCAAGAACAGCAUGCCUACAUAGCAUGCACAACUGAAAAGAUAUUUGAAGAGAAGACAGGACUGCUGGACAUCUAUGUGGAUAAUCAGAAUAUUCGCAUUCCCGGCUCAAUCCGUCACUUGCUGACAAUAACUACACAAGAUCGGAAACGACUGGCCCAGUUACAUUGUAUUGCACGAAGUUCAAGGAAUUCAGUACAAGAAUUCAUCAACUAUUUUUCACAGUCAAAUAACAAGAUAUUUUCUACCUUGUAUAUGAUUAGUCAAAGUGAUGACAAUGUAUUAAAAAGGCAUCACAUAGAAUCUAUGGGCCUUCAUCCUCAAUAUGAUAGAGGGUUUGUAUCAGAAUUAGCCUUAACUCAUGGUUUUGACAUAACGACAAGCAAGAAUUCUUGGAAGUGUUGUCCGUGUGACUAUUGAUAAAGAUGUUAAAUAGGAUACAAUUUGAAUGUCGAUAGGUUUGGAGGAGCAUUAGAUUUUGCAUUUAUUUAAGUUAAGUUGUAGCACUAUUAGGACUCUCAUCCCAGAUAAGUUUUAUAAGAAAUUGGAAUAAGAUAACGUUAACAACUAAGGAUAAAAGUUGACACUGCUAGGACUGUGAUAAGAACUUGUAUUCUCUUUUAAAGGAAGUGAAUAAGAUUAUAAAACAUGUGAUGGCAAAAAAAAGAAAACCAAAGUGAUGGAUACCUGUUUAUUUACUUGUUAUGUUUGGAAAUUGUUGAAUUGUUAUGAUAACCCCUAACCUCCAAGGGAACAAAGCAGUGACCUGUAUCUAUCUUCAGACAUUUUUCUUGAUAAUUUAUAGUCUCACCUUAGUGUCAAAGUUACCAGACCACUUGAGAAAUUUUUAUUAACCAUCAGAAUAUUUGCCAGUCUUUCCUCUCAACAUAGCAAAUCAUUAAAUGUUGAAAGAUAAGAAUACUUCCAGAAUAACUCUUAUGCCAAAACUUUUAGGGUGCAUGAGUGUCCUGCAUGGACUCGAGAUGAACGGGCCCUGGCAGUCAGGCACAUAAGUUGCAUAUAUUUUAUUUCCAUACAACUGAGCUGACAAAAAGUUUGUCUAGAUACUAAUAUUAUCAAGGCAAGACAGGUCACAUGUACUGGCGUCAUAACAAACUGCUUGGUCCGCGGGGUACAGGUGUUCGCAUGGUGACGCACUAGAGCACGUGGAGCAGGACAUUCCGUUUGAUGUAGCGGACUCCUUCAUCCAGUGUCUGGCAGUUGCCAGAAAUCACAAGAGUUUAUCACGCUCAGGGAUUUCUGUUACCCGGCAGUGAUGGGCUAAGAAUGAUCAAUCGUACAUCACCAUGAGGGCGACCAGAAAAAAAAAACAUAACGUCAUCAGUGUUGGGGGUUAGUAUUGUUAUAUGACAUUAUACAUUUUAUGAUUGACAUAUUUUUAUACGUCUUGGAAGUUUUGUUUGGAAUUCUCAUUAUUGAUAUUGUCAUUAUUAUUUUAGAUGUUAAGAUAUUGUUUUACAAUGUGAUUUUGUUAAUAAUCUUAAGUUUGACAAAUUGAUGCACAAUUUAACUGCUCAAUAUUCAUUGUGGGUAUACUGUAUGUUACAUCAAUACAACUAUAGUACAACAAAACCUCAUGAAAUAGUAGCAGAUGACCAACAUGAUGUAGAGACCAAAUUAGAUACUGAUAUAGUGUGCCUGUUGUAAUAUAUUUUGUACAGUUGGCCAUAUUUCUCUUCCAUUUUACUGGGUUUAUAUGACAACAAAGGGGUAAACUCAACCACUAGCUUAGAUUACAUUUAACCAAGAAUAUAUGAAGAUUAAACUUGUAUUUCCAUUAUUUUUUUUUUCAUAUUCAAAAUACUGCAGUCAGUGUUUAUUAAUAUGUAUAAAUUUGGAUAUAUGACUGCAAAGAAAGAAGGAAAAUACCAGAACAGGCUAGUCAAAGAAAAUAUAUAUAUUUUAUGUGUAUAUAAAGAAGUGAAAUGGAGUGUGUAUGGAGAAUUUCUAAAAGGUGUGCUAUAUUUUUGUGGACUGUUAACAGUCGGUUAGCUGCACUUUUAGUCAUUCCGCUCCAGAUCAUUUUUAAUUUUUUUUUUUUUUUUUUUUGUUUGUUUUGAUAGCUUAUAAAGCGUUAUAAUGUGUUGAUAACCAAUAUUUAUUUAUUAAUCCAUUGUAGUUGUAAUAUCUAGAAAAGUCAUUCCAUGAAAUAUGUGUGUGUGUGUGUGUGUGUGUGUGUGUG